UGCAAUAGAGAAGACAAUGUAGCCACUCAGUGUCAGCCAAAUCCAUGAUAUUAACACAAUCUAAAGAGCAAGGGGAGUUUCCAAAGUCAUCAAACCCGUCCAACUUUCUCAUUUACAGCUAUAGACCACUGAAAAUGGAUCCUAUUAGGGCUGCUGUUCCUUUGCUAUGGCUUUCCCUGUGCUUUGGGAAUAUUCUGGAGGCAGCGGUACUUGGAUCAUUGCAGUACCCCUCCGGUGCGGAUGAUAACGGGCUUGUAUCACAUCUGGAUGAGCGGAGUCGCAGAGAGCCGACAGCGGUGUCCAGGAAAGACCCUCCGAUAAAUUAUACUAUCGUCCCCCAUGAGUAUAUGGUAUCUCUAUACAGGACACUAUCUGAGAUAGAGAGCAGAGGGCUUAACAGCAGUGCUCCUCGCACCGCAAGACUCGCCAACACCGUGACCAGUUUCGUGGAUCAAGGAAAAGAUCACUCCUCCUGGGGAAGUGGCCAGCGCUAUCUCUUCGAUCUCUCCAGUCUGUCCAGGACUGAUGAGCUUGUGGAGGCAGAACUGAGGAUCCUGAGAAAGCCACCGCUGGAUCUCCUUCCUGUGCUGACAUGGGGCAGGAAUCUUUAUCGCCUUCUCCUCUACACUUGUCCGUCUGAGGGGAACUCUGGAAGACGGCUGCUGGAUUCCAGGACAGUCGAUGUUCUGGAUGGCGAGCCUCCCAAAUGGGAUGUAUUUGACGUGUGGGCAAGCGUGAAGGCUCGACGAAGGAGCCACAGGACAGCAGCGGGCAACGACCUCCUUGUGGCCUGCUUUGACCUGCUGGUUGUUUCGGAGUUGACCAAAGAGGCAGCCAACCCUCUUACAGUAGGGCUGCGACGCCAGUCUCGGCAGCCCCAGGAGAGGGCCUUGCUGGUGGCUUUUUCUCGCACCCGCAGGAAAGAAAACCUGUUCAAGGAGAUCAGGGAGCAGAUAAAGGCAGUGCGAGGAGACAUGGGUUUUCUGGAUCCUUUGGACCUCUCUGGUGACGUGGUUGGUCACCUAUCCAGGCGUCGCAGACGCCGGACUGCCCUGACCAGCAGAUCUAUAGGUGGAGCUGGUGGGGGAGGAGGAGGCGUCGGUGUUGGAGGAGGAGGAAGGAGUGGUGGAGGCAGCGGGCGCAGGAAGACUCGAUGCAGCCGCAGGCAGCUCCACGUCAACUUCAAGGAGCUGGGCUGGGACGACUGGAUCAUCGCACCGCUGGAUUACGAGGCGCACCACUGUGAGGGCGUGUGUGACUUUCCGCUGCGCUCACACCUGGAGCCAACAAAUCACGCCAUCAUUCAGACACUUAUGAACUCUAUGGACCCUGACUCCAGCCCGCCCAGCUGCUGUGUCCCCUCCAAACUCAGCCCCAUCAGCAUCCUCUACAUUGACUCUGGCAACAAUGUGGUCUACAAGCAGUAUGAGGACAUGGUGGUGGAGAGCUGUGGCUGCAGGUAGCAUUGCGACAGAGGGGGAUGUCUGAUUGUCUUGUCGGAAAAUCAAUUGGUGGUUUGAUGCGCUUGUUAACGCAGGCCUCCCCUAUCUCUUCCCCCUAAACCAACUGUAUUUUGUGAUUUGCUGAAAAAAAAGUCCCGACAAGUAUGCUCAUUACUGAUCUGCCUUAACUUGAGUGGAACAUAAUCUAAUUUGCUGCUUAAUUUAUUAGAAUUUGUCAUUGAGCUGCUAUUUAAUUUCAUGAGCUCUUUAGCAUUUCUUUACUCAUAACAUGCUCUGGCUCUCUCUCUCUCUCUCUCUCUCUCUCUCUCUCUCUCUCUCUGUC